ACGCCCGAGCUGUAUGAGCUGGCUCAUGCUGCAGCAGCCAAGGGAAAUAGUCGUGAAGUACAAUCGAUGGUCGAAUACCUGGUGCGCGACCGUCGAGAAACACCCAACCUUCGUCUAUACUCAAUAUUCAUCCUCGCGAAUGUCCACCCCUCGGAAGGCUCUGCAAGGAGGGUGGUUGGAUUGUUGCAAGAGAUGGAGGAAGAAGGACUACAGAUGAAUGUACAGAUCUGCCAUGAUGUGCUGCGUGUACUCAGCGUGCACAUGGAUUAUCUAUUGCGCAUCGACAUAUUACAAUACAUGCGACGGCAAUGGCUGCAACUGAACAAUGACGGCCAUCACUGGGUUGGCGCUGCCUUGUUCCGCGAAGGUCAACUCGAACUAGGUUUGACCCACCUCGAGUCGAUGCGAAGAGAUAAUAUACCUAUACAAACAUGGCUCUACGACAUAGCCAUGUACUCAAUGCUCGAGACGAACGAGUUCGACGAAGCCUUGGUCCUAGUCAAAGAUCGAAUUGCCGCAGAUGACUGGACCAUCAGCAGAAACCUCUGGACGCACAUGCUCGAUCGAUCAGCAGCAGCCUUCCACUAUUCCAGCACUGUCUAUGUCUGGAAUAGCCAAGUCAUCCCAGGCUACCUGAUUCCCUCCUCAGGCACGUGUCUGAAUGUCCUCACCACAGCCGCCCGAAACGGUGAUGCCGCCCUCGCAACCUCCGUCUUCCACGUUCUAGGCAAACGCAGCACAACCUUCAAACAAAUCCAUUACGAUCAACUCCUCACAACAUACAUGUCCACCUCACCACCCGACCUUCGCGCCGCCUUGACCGUCCUCACAAUCAUGGCAAGCGUCAAGAUUCCUCCCACCGCCGUCUCUACCCGCCCUAUCCUCACACACCUCCGCCGCUACCCUUCCGACUGCACAACAGUCUUCGACAUCCUAACCUCCCUCCACGAAAGCGGCAGAGAACUCCCCGUCGCCGCGCUAAACGUGCUCAUCGAAGGCUAUGUGGAAACCAACCAACUCGAACAAGCACUAGUAGCAUACAAACAUAUGCACCUCUUCGAACGCCUCCCCACCGACAAAAAUGGCAAUCCCAUCCGCCGCUCUCGCCCCUUCUCCACCCUCGAAACCUUCAACAUCCUCCUCCGUGGUGCCGCGAAACCCAUCGCCCAACAAGCAUACUCACUAGCCAUGUUCCUGGUCUCCGAAAUGCUGGCUUUGAACAUCCGUCCUGAUUAUCUAGUCUAUGAUCGUUUAAUCGUCGUA